AGUAGCGCGCGGAUGGAGGGCCCGGAGGCGCUGUCCCUGCGCUCCGCCUCCGGCUCGGGCUGAAAAAGUUUCUCCAUGGUUCCUUUGUGUUGCCCCGGCGCCCGUCUGCCCUUCCAGAGCUGCCCCAGCCUUCCCGGCAGGAGGAGGUGGCGGAGCAGCUAGUGGACAGCUGGCGCCCCCCCUGCACAAGCCUCCUCCCCAAAGGCUAGCCCCUCACUCCACUGGCUCGCCAUGAUCGCCACCGGUGGCCUGCUAAGGAUUUCCGCCAGAAAGCAGGAUCCUCUCCGCCCCCCAAGCCAGGUCCCCAAGCGCAAGCGGAAAGCCAAGAAGAGGCGCAAGAACGACGUGGUGGUGGUGAAAGGCAAGCUGAAACUGUGUUCCAUCUCCGGGCUCAUCGCCCUCUGCGGGAUCCUGGUGCUGCUAGUGGGCAUAGCCAUGGCGGUGGUGGGCUACUGGCCCAAGACCAACGGAGCCAACAGGGAGGGGGGCAAGCAGCUGCCGCCAGCAGGCAGCAGCCACCGGGUCCCGACCACGGCCAAUAGUAACAGCAGUGGCAACAAGAACCGGUCCCGGAGCCUUCCUGGUGCUCCCGAGGGUGUCAAUGCCAGCUCCGUGGGCACGCCCAGGAGCACGCCCCCAGCGCUGGCGGCCGUGCCUCCCGCGACCUCCUCUACGUCGGUGGGUUUCUUUUUCCGCGUCUUCUCUGGCUACCUGCACUCCGACAAACUCAAGGUCUUCGGGCCCCUCAUCAUGGGCAUCGGUAUCUUCCUUUUCAUCUGCGCCAACGCGGUGCUCCACGAGAACCGGGACAAGAAGACCAAGAUCAUCAACCUGCGGGACCUCUACUCCACGGUCAUCGACGUGCACAGCCUCCGCGCCAAGGACCUAGCGGCUGCUGCGGCCGCUGCAGCGGCGGCCGCGGCCUCCUCGUCCUCGGUUCCCGCCUCGGCGCCCUCCGGGGCCGCGCCCCUCAAUGGCUUCCUUAGCUACGUGCAGUCGCGGGGCUUGGAGCUCAAGCCCGGCAGCUGCGGCGGCGCCGGGGACGCCUUCGGGGCGGCGGCGUUGCUGACCAGGGGCUCGUGGCCGCAGCCCACAGCGCCGGGCGGGGGCGGCGGCGGGGGUGCUCCGGCCGCCGCGUCCCCACCGGACCUGGUCUCGUCCCCUCGAAGCCCGCGGGAGCCCCCGAGCUUGGCGGAGGCCGUGUACAGCAUCUACCGCGAGCGCUCGGGCGCGGCGGGCCGUCGCCGGGCCACCCCGGUGGCCGCUGCGGCCAUCGCGGCCGCCAACCGCAGCAGCAGCAGCCCCGCGCCCUGCAGCCCACCUGGGAGCUGGGGGCGCCAGAGCACCGCCAGCUCCCUCGUGGGCUCCUCCCUGAGCGCCUUCGCACUGCUACCCUUGCCAGGGGACCGCGGCCAGGAAGGAGAAGGGGACGAGGAGGGCGCGAGCUGCAGUUGGCAAACGCCCCCUGGGGAACGCGGAUCCCGGGAGAUCCCACGGGGCGAGCUCGACCUGAGCUUGACCGACCUCCCCGGCGCCGAGUGCGGCGCGCGCUGGGAGCCCGGCGAGCCGGAGGAGCCCGAGGACGCGGCGGCGCGCACCGCCAGGGGGCAGGGCGGCCGCUUGCCCAGGACCGGCAGGUACGCUGCCCUGCGGCGCCGCAGCACCAGCGGGCUACCGGACUACCGCGCGCCGCCGGCCCGACCCCCGCCCUCCCCCAGCAGCGCGGACCCAAGUUCGAGCCUCCUGGCCAAAGCUGCCUCCCCCUCGCCCCCGCUGCGGCUGGAGGACUCUCCCCAGGCGAGGCGGGACUCGCGGAGCUCGCAGUCGGAUGACGGGUCCUGCAGCAAUAAGGGCUACACCCCCCUCCGGGAGAUGGGCACCUCCUUGGAGUCGGUUGUGGACACCGUAGCCAGUCAAAGUCAAGACUGUGCGGCUGCCCCCGCUCCGGGCGCGGAGCCAAGUCCCCCGGGAGAUUCUAGCCAAGAGCUACCCACGACCCAGUCGCCUCUGUCGGUGCAGAAGCAGUUUACAAACAAAGAGAAACUCUUCAUGAUUUCCAGGUCUCACGCCUUAGGGGUGGAGGACAGGGAGCUGGAAAGUACUGGCAUUUAGGGAGAGAGGGAGCAAGCAGUUGAGAGGUGGGGGAGGAGAGGAGUGAGGAGGCAGGAAAAAAGCCUCCCUGGAAGCUGAGAGCGUAGAGGUCCCCUCUUUCCUUUGGUGAACUUGUCCGAGGAAAUCAUCCAAUACCCAAAGAGCUGCAGAAUGUUAUCCUUGAAUUGCGUUCACGAGAUUCCUGUAGAUAACUCCAAGCAAUUUUUUUUUUAAAAAAAGCAAACUAGUCUUAUGUCUGAUGGUGAUUGUAUGUUCCAUGAAAACCAAAUGUAUUAAAAGGUCAGCAAUCUAGUGCAUUAGAUAAAAUUCUCUUAAUUUUCUUAGGAUCAAGAUAAUAUAUUUUUGACAGUAACUGUGCACUUUACUCCAACUUUUUUUUUUAACCCCUAAUUUCCCUAAUCCCUGCACUCUGCCUCUGGUUUGUACAAACAAACAAAAACAAAAACCUGACAAGCUCUUUUUCUCCUAUUGUUUUUUUUUUUUUUUUUUUAAUGGAGCAUAGAAGGGUUUGUCUCAGUUCUCCCAGAACUGUUCUUACUAAAUGAAGUUAAAGCCAAAAGCAUGAGUGUGUCAUGAAAGAGCACUUUCCUUGCCCCAUCUCACUCUACUCAUCCCACUGCCCAAAGGCCUCUUAUUUUUUAAAAGGGUAUUUACAUUUUGCUACUAGGGUAUCUAAGGGAGACCAGAGGGGGCCAGGAUCUAGAUGGAUUGUUACUUACUAAAUUCACCAUAUCAAAUACAUGCUACUUUCUUGAGUAUUAUCACACUUGUAUUGAAAAUAGCAUUAAUAUUAAAUUUUUUUAAAUAAAACAAGUUUUCAAACAGUUAAACAUAUCGCCUCAUUUUGCCUUGGACUUAGUGCUGCUAUCACACAUUAAACAUUUAACAAUUCAGCUGGGAAAGCUAAAAUAUUUUGUUAUGACACUGCUUCUAAGAUUGUAGUUAUCUACCCAAAGUGCUUAGCACCAUCAUUAUUUAAUCAAUUUCCAGUAUAUUUUUAAAUUUUAAAUAUAGGGCAGUAUUGAACUUUUGGGAAUUUCUUUCCAAAGGAAUGGCACAUUAAAUAAGUAGUAAUUUUCUAUAAUACUUCUAGCUUACCUCCAAGUUUAAUUUAUAGAGCCCCAAACUUAAUAGUCUCUUUUCAUCCCCUUGGGCCUGACGAGUCAAUUUUGAUUUUAAGUUCACAAUCUUUCAAGCCUAUAUAGGCUAAAAGGUAAUGUUUUAAUAAUUUGGUAGAUUGCUUUCAGUUUAUUUGUUAGAAGUCAAUUAAUUUUCAAGAACAGUAGACAAAUAAUUUAGGUACUGUUCUGAUACCCUUAUCCUUUGAGGUAGAGCUGUAAGUCUUGGGAAUCUUAUUUCUUUCAGCUAUUUGGGUACAAGUUCUGUAGUCACAGGCAGCCAUUAUGGUUGCAGGAGAUUAAAAUACUGAUUCUAAAGGAAAUGCAGUAAAAAAUACCAUCCUAUUGGUCCCCAUGGGUGAAGCUGUAGGUCCAGCAGAAGAGUCGAGAUUCAGGAGUGAGACAAGAUCUCAACUUUCAAUGUUUGCUAACUGUAUAGACUUGAACAAGUCACAAAUGCUGGGUCUCAGUCAUCUGAUCUAUAAAACUAGAUGUGGCCCAUAGAGUUAAGAGGAGAUAGGACAAGAGGUGAUAGGAACAGAGCCAAACAGUCGCUUUGGCUCAGCAUGUGUUCUCAACAGUGUUAUUGCAAUUAUUAUUACCAUUUGAAUAAUACCUGAAAGAAUGCUGUAGAAGAAUGGGCCUUCCCUGACAUGAGCUCAAGAAAGCCUGUGCUAAAGUAUGAAAUGCUUACUUAUUAUCAGCAUUACCUUCAGCAAAUCAAUUAAUCCCUGUGGGCCUCAACUGGAUGAUAUAGUCUCUAUGAUUUCCUUCAGCCCUGCAAGCUUUACUCACAUUCAGGAUAUUUGUUUUAUCCUGAAUAUAAUCACAUAAUAUUUGUGCAUAAAACUUUGCGUAGUGAAUAUAUCAGUAACCACCACUUAGUGCAACAUUCUGUAAUCAAUUUAAAAUGGACCUAAUUUAUUCCCUAGUUUUUUUCCUCCAUAUUCUUAUACGCUGGACAAUCAUGGUAUAUGCAAUGCAUAUUUGCUGAAUUGCUUAGAAAGAAAAACAGAUUCUAGUAUUCUAAGAUGCUAUUUCUAGGCCACAGGAAAUGCACUAUAAGACAUUUAGCAAAUAAUAAAGCUACUACCUCUGAGUCUAACUAAAGAGUGAUGGGCAGAGUAAUAUUUGUUCCUUAUAAACUUUAGAAAAUUCAGUCCAGUUAACUAGACAUAACAAUAUUGAUAACCUAAUUAUAUGAAUCAGAUUAAAUAAAAAUUAGCUCAUAUUGACAUAUUGCACACAGGUCCUCUGAAAUUAAAUAAUUUCAGCAAGCUAAUUUAGUUUAGUAUCAAAUCCCCUUUAUAUUAACCAUUGAACAAUUUAACUGGAUUUCCCUCCUUGAUAAAAAAAUGAUGAGCUCAGUUUUCCAAAUCUUGGGUGGAACUAGGCUUUCAUUCGGCCUCAGGAAAAAUCCUAGGCAAUAACUACAGUAUUUCACAAUCUCCCCUUUCAUCUGAGCAGAGAUCUUCUGUAGGAACAGUGCUAAAUUUUAAUUCACUAAUCCUGUAGACCAAGUUCUGCCUACAUGCUUUAUUCAUAUUAUUUCAAUUAUUUCUCACAGCAGCUCUGUUGAAGUAGGAUUAUUAUUAUCCCCCUUUUACAGAAAAAGACACUGAGGUCAGAGGGUGGAGUACUUGCUCAGCGUUGUUCAGCUGGUAAGUGGUGGAGCCAGGAUUUAUAUAGAGUUUAGAGGAUUAUCUGGACCUGUUGGCAGAUGCUGAGCUGAAACUGGCAUUUCUGGAGACCAUCAAAAUAUUUUCUGCCUUCUUAGCUUCCUGUUAGAUGCUUUCCAGAUCCAUUCUUAGAAAUAUGCAGGGAAGUGUUAGAAUGUACAUUUUAAAAGCUGGAGUUUGCAUUUAAGUCUACAGAGUAGCAUAAGUAAGUUUUUUUUCCUAGUGACUUUGCAGAGUUUGUUGUGCAAAAUCAGUAAGACUAUUUGAAGGAAACUGAGUGGUCAUGGAAUCUUCCCUACCCUUUAUUUAUAAAUGAGCUUUCUAAAAAUUCAAAAGACGAAACAAUUUGUUCAAAGGCAAACAGCAGUGACAAGACCAGAAUGAUAAAAUAAUUGCAAUAAUCUGCAUACCCAUCCUUCCUACCUCGAAUUUCUAUCAUGUACUGGCUGGUGGCCAUGGGCAAGUUACUUAGUCUCUCUGUGUCUCAAUUUAUUUUCCCAUCCAAUGGGAAUAAUAAUGGUACUUACCGCUUAGGGCUGGAGUGAAUAUUAAAUGAAUUGGUACCUGUAAGAACGCUUACAAUAGGCUUGGCACAUAAAGAGCAUUAUAAAAGAUUUUCUGUUUUACUUAAAAUAGAAUCAACCACUAAAAGGAAUCAUUUUAUAUGGCCUUCCUUUUUAUUAACAAUAAUUUCAAGUUUAAAAAUCCAAAGGUUAAGGCAACAUAGCACAGUGGCUCAAAGCAUGAUUUGGAGGGUUACAUAAAACUGUACCUGGGUUUCCACAUCUGUUAAGUGAAGAUAAUAAAUAGCAUCUGACUCAUAGGAUUAAUUAUUUAAAUUUAAAUGAGCACUAGAUAAACUAAUAUACUUAAAGAACUUAGAACAACUCCUGGCACAAAUAAACCUUCAGUAAAUGUUAACUACUAUUAUUAAGGCAAAAUACAGAAAAGUAAUUAGUAGGCUAAAUUUACUACUCAGUUGUUAGGGACAACCAUAAACUUACUGUACUGAAAAGUCUCUAAAAUUGAGGUAUAUUAGAAAGAAAAAAAUAGACCUUAAAAAUGAGAACAUAGGCUGCUACAAUAUCCCAAUAAAAUGUAGAAUUAAUGACAACAUGAAAAAUGCUCCUCAUGGUCCCAUCAUUAUCAUAUCAGAUAACAAUAAUUGAAUACCUAAGUUGGCUUAGUUGGCUGUAUUUACCAUGAUGAUUCCUUUUCCACUAACUGGUGACAUCAGAAAAGCCAGAUUAGCCUCAUAGUCCCAGCCCUUUUCCAUCAGAAAAGCACCCUGGGAAGAAGGUUCUGUGAAGAUGUAAAGUGAGAAGCAGGUGCAUGUUGAUUUAAAUUUUCUAGACAAAAUUUUUUUCUGCACUAGUUUUCUCAAAAGGCAUUUGUGGUUCUUUUUAAAGAUGUAGUUUCAAAA